AUGUCGGCGGACCCAAUCCCCACGGCCGAUUCCAUCGCCAAUGCGACACUGCUAAACCCACUGGGCAAGGUCGCCGCCAUUAGCCUCUUCGUCGAGAGCGUGCCCAACGCAAAGACAUUCUACAAGUACGUCUUCGAGGUGCCCGUUCUCUAUGAGGACGAGACGUCGUGCGUCAUUCAAUUCGGCAACCUCAUGGUCAAUCUACUCCAGGCCUCCGAAGCCGACACAUUGAUACGACCUGACGCCUUUGGAGGGCCCGACGCAGGACGGCGUUUCCAAUUGAGCAUGCAUAUGGGUGCAGGACCUGGACGCCAUCUGCGCCGCGUUGGCGUCGAAGGGGAUCAAGUUGUCGUCCGGGCCGCAGCUCCGGCCUUGGGGGAUGAAGACCAUCACUUUCAUGGAUCCUGCGGGACAUAG